UCUAACCCUAGCCUCCACCCUCGCCCGUCGCCCUCUCACUCUCUCAGCGGCUCAGCGCCUCCACUCUCGCCUCUCACUCUCUCCUCCUUCCCAAAUCCCAAUCUUCCGUUCGCUCCAGAGCACAGUCUGUACAGACGACCGCCGGCGAACCAGAGACCGCAAAACAGAGGCCGCCUGCGCCGUCCAAAAGACGACUGUGAGCCAGCGACCGGAGCUCCACAGACUGCUGCAGCCGUCCACCGUGAACCAGCGAGUCUGUCUGUACCUUGCAGGCUUUUCCCCUCAGCUAUCUCGGUUGAUUUCCCAUGCCCAAGAACGUUUAAAGUGCGGGUGCAUGACAAAGAAUCAGUCUUGAAGGAUGAUGCGCCUGAAGAAGAAGAAGAAGAAAAAGGACACAGAGGCAAUGACGGGCAGCAACUGACUUGCGUGAUGAAAUUCGGCGGGUCGUCGGUUGCAUCUGCUGAGCGGAUGCGAGAGGUUGCUGACUUGAUCCUCAGCUUUCCGGAGGAAAGGCCUGUCAUUGUUCUCUCUGCUAUGGGAAAGACAACCAAUAACCUAUUGCUUGCAGGAGAGAAGGCUUUGAGUUGUGGUGUAUCAAAUGUAUCAGAAAUUGAAGAGUUCACCUCUCUAAAGGAACUUCAUCUCAGGACAAUUCAAGAACUUGGACUGGAUGUUUCUAUAAUUUCUGAACAUUUGGAAAAACUGGACCAGCUUUUGAAUGGGAUAGCUAUGGUGAAAGAGUUGACUCUUCGCACUAAAGACAAAUUAGUGUCGUUCGGGGAGCGCUUGUCCACCAGGAUUUUUGCUGCUUAUUUGAACAAGCUUGGGGCCAAAGCACAGCAAUAUGAUGCAUUCGACAUUGGGUUUAUUACAACGGAUGACUUCACAAAUGCAGAUAUAUUGGAGGCUACUUAUGCUGCAGUUGCUAAGAAAUUAUACAGCGCUUGGGUCAGAGAUCAUGCAAUUCCUGUUGUUACUGGCUUCCUUGGAAAGGGUUUUAAAUCUUGUGAAAUUACAACUUUGGGUAGGGGUGGUAGUGACUUGACUGCAACAACAAUUGGCCGAGCUUUGGGCUUGCGGGAGAUUCAGGUUUGGAAAGACGUUGAUGGUGUUCUAACUUGUGAUCCUACUAUUCACCCACGUGCAAAACCCGUGCCUCAUUUGACCUUUGAGGAGGCAACUGAACUUGCAUAUUUUGGUGCUCAGGUUCUGCAUCCACUAUCUAUGCGACCUGCUAGAGAGGGUGAUAUUCCUGUCAGGGUUAAGAAUUCUUAUAAUCCAAGAGCUCCUGGUACUAUCAUAACUAAAAACAGAGAUAUGAGCGAGGUCUUAUUGACCAGUAUAGUCCUGAAGCAAAACGUAACCAUGCUAGAUAUAGUUAGUACUCGCAUGCUUGGUCAAUUUGGAUUCCUUGCAAAGGUUUUUUCAACGUUUGAAGAUUUGGGUAUUUCUGUUGAUGUUGUUGCGACUAGUGAAGUCAGUAUAUCUGUGACACUGGAUCCAUCAAAAAUCUGGAGCAGAGAACUGAUUCGGCAGGAACUUGAUCAUGUUGUUGAAGAGCUUGGUAAAAUUGCAGUAGUAAAUCUUUUGCCACACAAAUCGAUAAUCUCCCUUAUUGGAAAUGUCCAGUGUUCUUCGUUGAUAUUGGAGAAGGCUUUCAGAGUUUUCCGAACUAAUGAUGUGAAUGUGCAGAUGAUCUCACAGGGAGCGUCCAAGGUGAAUAUUUCAUUGAUAGUAAAUGAUAGCGAAGCAGAAGUAUGUGUGAAAGCCCUUCAUCAUUCCUUCUUUGAGAGUGAGGAAUCUGGGAUGAAUAUGGAUGCUGCAAGUUUUAGCAAUGGUACGGUGGUGCAAUCGCCUCGCCACUAAAGACCUGAUUUUGCCCCAACUUACUAUUAUGCUAUUGUAUUUGUAUUCAUUUGUAUUGUAACCUUUCCAUGCUUUGGAUUUUGAUUAUAUUGCAUGUAUUUUAGAAAGGAAAAUACUUCUUACUCCUGAAUGAUGUGGCUUCCAUUUAUGAGGGAUGGAUUGGAGGGAAAAAAUAGCAUAACUCUUUUAGAAAAGAAAUUGUAAUGUUGUAAUGGCACCAAUUUUGCUGAA